GGCCAACAAAUGUCGAAACUGAUCAAGCCAACACCAGUACUCUUCACUCCACCCAAAACCGAUGGCCCAAGCCUUAAAUCCACCUUGUUCCACCGUGCAUGGGUGGCUAUCGGUUGCACCACCGUACUGUUUUCCCUAGCCAAAGCCGUCUACGGUUCCACCGAUUCACACACACGCCUCAAAACCAUCGUCGCCGGAUUCUUGGGCUAUCUCGUUGCAGACCUUAUCUCCGGUAUAUACCAUUGGCUUAUCGACAAUUAUGGCGAUGCUUCAACUCCAUUUGUUGGUUCACAUAUCGAAGCUUUUCAGGGCCACCAUAGUCUGCCAUGGGCGAUCACUAAACGACAAUUUGCCAGCAACUUACACGUCGGAGCUCGUAUUAUCACGUAUUUGACGGUGCCGGCGAAUUUGAUCUGGCAUGAUCAACCGGUGGUGAUGGGGUUCGUUGGAAUGGCAAGUGGUGGGAUGUUGUUUGGUUCGCAGAUUCAUGCAUGGGCUCAUGUGAGUAAAAGCAAGUUGCCGGCGAUAGUGGUGGCGCUGCAAGAUGCCGGAGUGUUUGUAACGCAGUCACAACAUGCAGCCCAUCAUCUGCCGCCGUAUAACGGUGGUUAUUGCGUUGUGAGUGGGGUUUGGAAUAGGGUUUUGGAUGAGUCACGAAAACAGUAUGAUCUCACAUGA